CAAAGUAGUAUAAUUUUUACCAGCAUAUUUCCAUUAGGAUUUUGUUUUCAUAUUGUAAUUUUUUUUUUUAAACUUUUUUCAUUAUAAUAGGACAAGAUGAUUAAAAUAAAAUAUAUAAGCAUUAUUGUUCUUCUAUCUGCAUUUAUGAUAGAUGCAACAAUAGCAAAUAAUACAACACAAGAUAACAAUACAAAUAUUAAUCUGCAUAAUAACAUAAUAAAUAAUACAUAUGCACAUUGUGAAUGUAUUCAAUAUAAUUGUGGAUGUUGUCAUUACUUAACAUGGAACUCGAUUUCAUUGGAAGGAUUGCUAUGCACAAAUGCAUCUUAUUUGGACAAAGACUUGGGAUUUUCUGUUACUGUUUCGUACAAUGAUUUAAUUAUAAUAAAUGAAACAAUUUCAGCAAGAAAUCCACCUCCAAUUUGCUUUGGUGAAUAUAUUAUACCAAAUCUAAAAGCAGAAAUUUGCUUGCGUUUAUAUGAUAUAAAUAUAAGUAAAACAGAUAUUCAUGGAUGUUUUGAAUUAGAAGCAAGACUUAUAAGAAUUAAAAUAUUACCAAUACAGUUGGGUUGUUUCGAUACUAAAAUGAAUACAGUGAAAAUAAUAAAUGAAACAGAAAAUAUGAUACAUAAAGGUCCUGUCGUAAUAAUGGUAUAAUUUUAUAACGUUUCAUAUUGUAAACUACAAAUAUUGUUAUAUGAUACUAUUCAAAAUAUUUGUGGU